AUGAGUUCCCCCGCCCCAGGCUCCGGACAGCGAUCGACAUGGGAUGAUAACCCGGAUGGAUACCCGGGUAGCAGCGAGCCAGACCGAGACGAGGAUGAGGACAUGGACUAUGAGCCUGAAUCAGAGCGCUCGGAAGACAUAGAAUAUUUUGACGACGCAGAGAGCCACGAAGGCGACGAAGCUAUUAGACAGGGCCUAUUCGAUGAUGACGACGGUGGCGGCUUGAGUAAUAUCCAGAUCGAGUUCACCAUGGAUGAUUCUGAGCAUGAAGGAGAGGGCCAGGAGGGCACACAGCGGGGGACCAGAGUCACGUCGGCGCAGAUUCUGCAGGUGCUGGGUGCGAAUGGUCUCCGACGAAUUUUACAGAGCCACGGCCUUCUCGGACCUGGAAUUGAUGAUGAAGAUGACGACGACGACGAGUAUGGAGUGCAAAUGCAUUACGGUUUUGGUUUUGGGCGUCGGAGAAGGCGCAGGCAAGGCCCUCCGGAGGAGGUGUAUCCGAAGGUCCCUAGCGAGGUGGGCAGAGAGCUCAUGAUGUCUGGCCAUUAUGGAAACAAUCCGGAUUACGUUGAUGACCUGAAGAAACGCAAGAAGAGGUUAGCAACAAAGCUGAUGUGGAGGGAGCUCGGCAUUGAGCCUGGUCGUGCCCAGAGGCGAACAACUCAGUCGAUAUUCCAGGACAUGAUCCCGGGAACCGUCACAGACAAGAUCAUACACUUCGAUUCGCGGUCUUAUUCAGGACAGUUUUCUGACGAUGGCAACUUCUUCUUUUGCUGCUCGCAAGACUUUAAGGUUCGGAUGUACGAUACGUCCAACAUCUUCGACUGGAAGUACUAUAAGACGGUGGAUUACCCAUUUGGACAGUGGACGAUUACGGAUGCGAGCUUGAGCCCGGACAACAAGUACUUGGCAUACAGUUCGAUCCGCCAUCUCGUCUGUCUAGCACCUACAGAUCCUGGUGACCAGUCCGACCCUAUCCUGCUGGAUUUCUCCAAUCCUCGACGAAGAGCUGGUGGCUUCUACGGGGACUCACAUUUCGGUAUAUGGUCUAUCCGAUUCUCAGGUGAUGGACGUGAGAUAGUGGCCGGUACUUCCGGCGGAUCUGUCAUUGUUUACGACAUUGAGAGGAGAGAACCGACACUCAGGCUGAACAAUCACCAAAAUGAUGUCAACGCUGUGUGUUUUGGUGACUCUUCGUCUCCGCAUAUUCUCUACUCUGGUUCGGAUGACACCACGCUGCGGGUGUGGGAUCGACGUUCCAUGGGCGACGGACGCGAGGCGGGAGUCUUCAUGGGCCACACCGAAGGACUGACUUAUGUUGAUACUAAAGGCGACGGCCGUUACGUCUUGUCUAACGGCAAGGAUCAGAUGAUGAAACUCUGGGACUUAAGGAAGAUGAUGACCACGUCUAAAUUCGACCAGAUUGAUCCCGAGGCAUACACAACAGGCUUUGACUAUAGGUUCAUGGCCUAUCCGGAAGACUAUUAUCAGCCGCAUCCGCACGAUUGCUCUGUUGUGACGUUCCGCGGGCACCGCGUGCUUAAGACUCUCAUCCGCUGUCAUUUCUCUCCGCCUGGAAGCACGAAUUCCCGAUAUGUAUAUACUGGUAGUGAGGAUGGCAAGAUCUACGUGUACAACUUGGAUGCAACCCUGGCUGGAACAAUCGACGUCGGUCGAGCCACGCUCAACUCGCGUCCGCGAGAUGCUGAUAUCUAUGCUGCUGCAUAUGACCUACGGGGCCAUAACAGUGAGAUGCUCUGGAAGACUUGUGUGAGAGACGCAAGUUGGCAUCCCACCGCCCCUAUGAUUGCUGCAACAUCGUGGAACGGUUGGGGCAUGUCGACCGGUACUUGUACCAUGCAUUCCUGGAACGACGGUGCCGCGGAAGACGAAGGCGACCCUCCACCCGGGAAGAGCUACGACAGCAGACUCAACAGUAUUCCGUCUUUCAAUCGCUACUCCGAAAAUAGCCGCAAUCCUGGUGUGAGAAGUCGUCCAGUCCAUCGAGAGCCGAGAUAUGAUCCGCACUAUGAUCCCAUGGACGACCUCGAUGCAGCAUGGGGCUGA